AUGCCAAAACCUCCAGCUCCAUCUCCUUCACGAAAAGAUCCACCUCUUAUCGCUCCUUCAAGAGGUCAAUUUUUAUCAACAACCCCACAUAGCGGUUCACUUUUCUCGCGUAACUCAAAACUUUACCAUCCUCCUAUUCCAUCAGAAACCAAUAAUAUUCCUGAGAUAACAAAGAUAUGCAACUCUACUGAUCGGCCUGCGCUUUGCGUGAAAUUUAUUACUCCUCUUUACAGUUCUGAUACACUAUCUGUUCUUGACAAGACAAUAACGGCAACCGCUCAUCAAAUAAAGUUGGCUAGGGCUGCAAUUACAAAUCUGGCUAAAACCCCCACCUUGCAAUCUACAAAACAAUCUGACUAUGAAGAUUGCAAGGAAAGUUACGAAGAUGCAUUGGAGAAUCUUCAGAAUGCAAAGAAUGCAAUUCCACAACUUGAUAUUGGAACCAUUAACAGCAUGCUUAGUGCAGCUGUGACAGACUUUUCAGAUUGUGAUGAUUUUUCAAAUAAUCCUCAUAUACUUAAGUUUGAUGAUAUUCUCCGUAAUCUGGUUAGCACUUGCCUUGUCGUUGCUUCCUCAAUCAAGUGA